AGAUGCUGCGAAUUUGGGUUCGCAUGAUCUGAAGCCUGAACAUUAUCUGAAGCCUGAAUUUGGGUUAGCAUGAUCUGAAGCCUGAAUUUGGGUCAACAUGAUGCUGCGAAUUUGGAUUAGCAUUAUCUGAAGCGUGAAUUUGGGUUAACAUGAUGCUGCGAAUUUGGGUUAGCAUUAUCUGAAACCUGAAUUUGGGUUAACAUGAUGCCGCGGAUUUGGGUUAGCAUGAUCUGAGGCCUGAACAUUAUCUGAAGCCUGAAUUUGGGUUAACAUGAUGCUGCGAAUUUGGGUUAGUACAAACAGAAGCUGCAGUAGUAACUCGUAUGUCUGGAUUUACGCAUGAUCUGAAGCCUGAACAUUAGCGUCAGCCGUGCGUUCCAUUGAUAAAUGGAAAUUGGAUUGGCGAGCCAAACUGGUGUUAAUCUCUACAGCAUUGUGCUCUGCUUCUACAACCUCUCCUGCCAUGACGCGAUCCCAUGUCUAUAAAUACAGCCCCCGGAUCCUGAAUCUCCCGUCGCAUCAUUCCAACCGGUCGAAACCUUCUUCUCCCCCCAAAUCCAACUAACCUCCCUCCCCCUCUGCUUCUAAGCAGAUUCCGUGGGCAGCCCGUCAUGGCAAUGGCGCCUCCGCCCGUGCCGAGCCUGCCGCUGGGCUACGUGUUCAGACCCAAGGCCCGGGAGCUCAUUCAGCACUACCUCGCCCCCAAGGCACUGGGCGGCUACGUCACCCCGGGCUUGGUGGCGGAGGGCGUGGACGUCUUCUCCGCGGCCCCGGAUGAGCUCCCCUUCAGCCGCAGCCACCGGCGGGAGAGCGGCGAGGGGUGGGGCUACUUCUUCGCGGCGCACCCCGCCGGGGAGAGGGCCCCGGCGCCGGGCGGGUGCUGGAUCCCUUACGGUCCCGAGAAGGCGUACCGCGGCGGGACCGGUGGGGAGGCGGUCGCCUUCAGGCGCAGGCUCGCGUACUACGUCGCGUGGCGGGGCGGCGACGGGGUAUGGGCGCGGACGCCGUGGCUGAUGGCGGAGUACCGGCUCAACAAGGGCGGCGCCGCCUUCCGCUGCGCGCGGCCCGGCCCCGAGGCGAACAUGGACUGCGUGGUCCGCAAGGUCUUCACGAAGCCGGCGGUCCCUCCGCCGUCUGCCCGCUCCAGCGAUGACGGGAGCGCGGGCUCCAGCUCCAGGUACCGCAGCGCGGACGAGGAAGCCGGCUACCCCGGCGAGGAGCAGGCGAGGAAGCGCGCUCGAUGGGUCUAGUUGAGACUUGGGACGGCCGUGAGACGCGGCCACGGGUUUUGUGACUGAUUGAUUGGGUUCCAGAAUUGCAGAAACCAGUAGAAUCAUACGAAUUGAGCCACAAGUAAUAUGAAUCGAAAAGAGUAGUAUAAGUAGUAAUUAGGUUCCCAUUGUAAUUAGUUUUGCAGCCACGGUAUUUUUCUUUGAACUAGAUAAAUGCCGCAAUGGGGCAUACAUAAUCUAGUGAUUCAAUACCAAAUGUG